CGUAACACAACCCCCCUCCCAUAACCAAUCCAAACCGAACCCCCACCCCCUCUCCCUUUCAAACCAGAACACAAAACCACCACCAUGCCCCCAGCAUCAACAUCAACCCUCCUCCCCGCCCUAGGCCACGCCGCCUCGGGCGCCACAGGAACAAUCGUCUCCACCGUCACCACCUACCCCCUCGACCUGGUCAACACGCGGCUCAAGGUGCAGCGGCAGCUGCGGCUGGACGGGAGCAUCCAGGCGGACGACACAUACAAGGGCGUGCUGGACGCCUUCCGCACCAUCUACACGCGCGAGGGCGGCGCGCAGGCCUUCUUCGCGGGGCUGGGGGCGGACGUGGCCAAGUCGGCGGCGGAUUCGUUCCUGUUUUUCUUGUUUUAUACGUGGUUCCGCGCGCGGCGGCUGGCUAUGCAGAAGGAUGUGCGCCAUCUGGGCGGCGUCGAGGAGCUCGCGGUGGGCGCGGCGGCGGGGGCGUGCGCCAAGUUGUUUACGACGCCCGUCAGCAACGUCGUGACGCGGCGGCAAACGGCUAGUCUGCUCGACAGCAGCAGCGGUAGUAACGACAAGAGUGACAGUGGCGCGGUGGCGGCGGACAGGACAGAGACGUCCGCGCGCGACCUGAGCUUCGGCGAGAUCGUCUCCGAGAUGCGGCGGGAGCGCGGGGUGCUCGGCCUGUGGGCGGGCUACUCGGCUAGUCUGGUGUUGACCCUGAACCCGAGCAUCACGUUCUUUUUGCAGCAGGUGCUGAAGAGGGCGCUGGUGGCGAGGGAGCGGUGGGACGAGCCGGGCGCAGCGACGACGUUCCUCUUGGCGGCGGCGAGCAAGGUUGUCGCGACGACUGUGACGUAUCCCUUCCAGAUCGCCAAGGCGCGGGUGCAGGUGUCGGCGGUGCCGGAAGAGAAAGAGGAGGGUGGGAAGCGGGUCGGGAGCGACAACAUCUUCGCGACGGUGCUGAGGAUAGCGAGGGCUGAAGGGGGGAGGGCGCUGUAUGACGGGAUUGGCGGCGAGUUGCUCAAAGGCUUUUUCAGCCACGGCACGACCAUGCUGUCCAAGGACGUCAUCCACCGGUUUAUCGUGCAGCUCUAUUUUGCUAUCUUGGCCGUCUUGAAGCGGAAUCCCCAAUUUAGGGCGAAGCUAUCUGCGAGGAUAAAGAAAGCCCGCGAAGAGGCGCGGGAACGGUACCUUCGGGCUUCGUCAUCAGGGACCAACGGAAUCCGCCGAGGAGCACGUUAUGUCAAGGAUGCAGUUGACUCGGGGCAGAACACCCCGGCGAGUUGGUUGAGCGCGGUCCAAAAGAAGAAUGGUGGCUGAGAGGGCAGUUAAUCCAAAAGAAACCGUACCAU